AGUUACUAUUAUCCAUAGCAACCAAGUCUGGCGUCCGGGUCUCUGUGUUGACGAUCUCUCAUUUUUUUCAAGUGACACCAAAAUGAUUCCCCCAAACGCUUCACUCGUUAAGUAUGACAACCCUGUUCUUGUCAGCAGAAACACAGACAAGAAAACUCCGCGGGCAAAAUCACUGAAGACUAGCCCAACACCACCAGCUAGCACUGGACCCAUUCCUCUCCCUCCUGCCAAGCAAAAACUGUCACCUGUUGAUGCUAAAGCAGCCCAGCAGACAGAUGAAAUUCUUAACUCAAUUUUGCCACCAAGGGAGUGGACAGAGAAUGGUCAGCUAUGGGUACAGCAGGUAUCCAGUACACCAGCCACACGUCUGGAUGUUGUCAACCUGCAGGAAGAGCUAGACCGCAGGCUGCAGCAACGACAGGCCCGUGAGACAGGCAUUUGUCCAGUGCGCCGUGAGCUGUAUUCACAGUGCUUUGAUGAACUAAUCCGACAAGUGACCAUCAACUGUGCGGAGCGUGGCCUGCUGUUGCUGCGUGUACGUGAUGAAAUCCGCAUGACCAUUGCAGCAUAUCAGACUCUGUAUGAGAGCAGUGUAGCUUUUGGAAUGCGAAAGGCCCUUCAGGCAGAACAAGGAAAAACUGAUAUGGAGAAAAAGGUUGAUCAGCUAGAAAACGAAAAGCGUGACCUAGAAAAGCAAGUGAAUGAACUGAAGGCCAAAUGUGACCAGAUUGAGAAGAGGGCAGCAGAACAAAGGCAGGUGGAGGAGAAAAAGCAUACAGAAGAAAUUCAGUUCUUGAAACGGACCAAUCAACAAUUGAAGACUCAACUGGAAGGAAUCAUAGCACCCAAGAAGUGAACCAAUAAAAAUCAGUUUGAAAAAAAAUAAGCUGUUGUCCAGAGGUAUACAACUUGUUCUUUAUCCAAAUGGAUAUUUUAUACUCUUGUGGAGCAAUGAAUACUUAUCGAAACUGAUUUUUUCAUGUUGGACAGUUUCCUGUAGCAUCAUACCUCUGCAGGAAGGUCUGCUAAGUGAUAGUUUGAUGAAGGGAACAAUUCUGUUUUUCUUUUAGUGACGUUUACAUGGCAUUCAUCAGGAAGAAAUGUGUUUUUUAAAAAUAUAUUUGGCUAUCAUUUUCAAGAUUUUAUUCAAGUAUGAAAAAAUUGUGAAUGAAAAAUUUGUACACAUUUUUUUAUAUGUGUAAAAUAGGACAAGAUUGAAAACUCAUUGUCUACUAUAAAUAAACUUUUUUUUAACAACACAAGGGUACUUUAGUGGCAUCCCCUUUUUUGCUAACAGAUAUACUUCCUAGAUAUUAACACUGCUUAUAUACAGUGCUUUCCACUCUUCCAUAAAGCAUGAGCCUUUUAAUCCAUGUAAGUUGUAAGCAAAACAAAAAACAAAACAAAAUUCAUUUCAGCAAGUGAGGCAAAGAUAAGAUUUUAUCAAAAUAUAUAGUUACCAUCACAAGCGAACAGCAAGAAAUUAGUGCACAAACAUUAACGCUUUUAGCUCAUUAUGUUUUGUGUAAUUAUUUCCUUAAGUGUAAUGGAUUUAUCACAAUAUUUUGUAUGACCUGCAUACAUGAUAAAACAACAGCACAAAAACCAUUCUGCUUAAAUAGGUAUCCUAUAACUUUACUGUAAUAACAGUAUAAAGUGUUUCUAGCAGGAUGGCUUCUUGUGCAAAUGUGGAGGCAGAUUCAUCUAUAUUCAUUUCUCUUAUUCUCUACAUGCCCUUCUAUUUCACGCACACGCACAAAUUUAAUCACAUAUAUUGAAGAUCUAAAAAGAAAUCAAAAUGUUUCUAUAAUUCUUACAGUCAUCAGUUACAGUUUUCAGUAACUUCAUCCUUUUUUAAAGUUUUUAAGUGUUUUGUGAGUAUUUAUGAGGUCUUCAAACUGUUGCAUCCUAAAUUCAGCAGCAUUAUCUGAAACAAAUGAAGAAAAACAAUGAAUAUCAUUAGAAAAAGAGCAAGCUGUUGACUAGCAGAUACUUUUUCCCAUAAAACUAUGAAAUCACAUUAAAGAUAAUUACAUAUCUUAUUAAAACAAAGCAAAUUAUUGAACUGGCAUACUUCUUAGCUUCACUAAUGCCCAUGAAUAAGGAUGACUGCAUGGAUUGUGUAGAUAAGUGUAGCUGAAUAUAUCAAUGUGUGUAAAUAAAUGCAACACGCUGGUUU